CGCAGCAUCAGUCCUGAGCUGGCGCCGCCGCAGAUUGUCCGCAGCAGCACACUGUUGCUUUUCCGUCUCCUCCGUGGAACCGUUCUUUUGUGAGCUCGCGGGACUUGUGUGUCCCGCGCGGACGGGCGGGCUGGGAGCCGGGUUCAUGUCUGGAAGCGGACGAUCAUGACUUUCGCGGCCGCUAACGUCCGUGCUGCUGUGAGGGAGGCGCAGCGCGCGGCAGCCCGCUGAACUUUACCACUUUUUAAUUCUUGUUAACAAAAGAGUUUUUGUUUAAUUCGACCUUAGCUAAAGACUCGCAGUUUACUUCAAAGACGAAAUGUUUGUGUUUUCCUGCCGCGUUUCGAUGAAGGACAUGGAGCUCCGACCAGCGCCGUGUGCGUAGCUUCGGUCGGUCCAGCUCGAUCUCAUCGAACUAGCCCCCCCCUCCGUUAAUCAAGCUAACUCAAUGUGAAGGAGCCGCCCGGUUGGAUCUGUAUCAUGGAUAUCUAUCCCCGGCCAAGCGGCGAGAUCCAGAGGAGGAACCCGCAGCAGGACUUCGAGCUCAUCCAGCGGGUGGGAAGCGGCACGUACGGAGACGUGUGUAAGGCUCGAAACAUUAAAACGGGAGAACUGGCGGCUGUGAAGAUCAUCAAGCUGGAAGCAGGAGACGACUUCUCCAUCAUCGAGCAGGAGAUCUUCAUGGUGAAGGAAUGCAAGCAUCCCAACAUCGUGGCUUACUUUGGGAGCUACCUGAGCCGGGACAAACUGUGGAUCUGCAUGGAGUACUGCAGCGGAGGAUCUCUGCAGGACAUCUAUCACGUGACGGGACCGCUGUCCGAGCCGCAGAUCGCCUACGUCUGCAGAGAGACGCUGCAGGGUUUGGCCUAUUUGCACAGCAAGGGCAAGAUGCAUCGAGACAUCAAGGGAGCAAACAUUCUCCUGACAGACAACGGAGACGUGAAGUUAGCCGACUUCGGAGUUGCAGCCAAGAUUACCGCCACAAUCGCCAAGAGGAAGUCCUUCAUUGGGACGCCAUAUUGGAUGGCGCCGGAGGUAGCAGCUGUGGAGAAGAACGGCGGCUACAACCAGCUGUGCGACAUCUGGGCGGUGGGCAUCACGUCCAUCGAGCUGGCUGAGCUGCAGCCUCCCAUGUUUGACCUGCAUCCCAUGAGAGCCUUGUUUCUGAUGUCCAAGAGCAGCUUUCAGCCUCCCAAGUUAAAAGACAAAAAUAGCUGGUCCACCGCUUUCCACAACUUUGUCAAAAUGUCUCUAACAAAGAGUCCAAGGAGGCGGCCCACCGCAGAGAAACUGCUGACGCACGUGUUUGUGGCUCAGACCGCCCUGAGCAGGAGGCUCGCCGUCGACCUUCUGGAUAAGAUGAACAACCCGGACAACCACCACCAGCAUUACAGCGAGGCGGACGAUGACGAGUUCGAGCUUCUGUCUGAAGUCAGACACACCAUCCGCUCCACCCACAAACACGCCCGUGCCGAGAGGACGCGCUCCGAGCUGGACUUCGACAAGCUGAAGUUUAAACCGCCUCUCCAGAAGGAGACGGAGGCUCACUCUGAAAUGGAUGUGACUAAAGAUAAUGACUUCACCUCCCCAUGGAGCCCCUUUGCAGAGGGAGGAAUAACACCCAGGAGCCUUCUCAAAAGCGUUGAGGAUGAGUUGUUCCAACGCGGACACGUCACUCACCUGGAGGACGCGUUUGAGGAAGUGGGACUGUCCACCAUGAAGCCGUCGGUUCCUCCGCCCCGCCCCCCGAAGCCGCCGCUCAACAGCUCAUCCGAGGAGCUGGGGCUCAACGAGGACGGGUCCCAGACCAUUCGGAGGUUCCCCAACUCGGAGAACGGGCCGAGCCAGGGGGUCCGCCGGCAGAGCACCCCCGAGCAGGGCAACAAGGGGGAUCACUACGCCACAGACUUCCUGUCGGCCAGCGUCAGCAGCCCCGGCCUCCUGUCGCACGCCUCCGACCCCGAUAACGACUCGGACGGCAGCGUGAACGGCGGCAGCCCCAAGCCCCCCUCCAGCCAGCAGCACCGCCGGGAGCGGAAGGAUUUCCCCAAACCAGCCAUCAACGGCCUGCCCCCCACCCCCAAAGUUCUGAUGGGAGCGUGCUUCACCAAAGUGUUCGACGGAUGUCCGCUGAAGAUCAACUGCGCCACGUCCUGGAUCCACCCCGACACCAAAGAUCAGUACCUGAUCUUCGGGACGGAGGACGGCAUCUACACCCUGAACCUGAACGAGCUGCACGAGGCCACCAUGGAGCAGCUUUUCCCACGGAGGUGCACGUGGCUGUACAUCAUCAACAACAACCUGAUGUCUCUGUCAGAAGGACGGACCUUCCAGCUGUACUCCCACAACCUCAUCGGCCUGUUCGAGCAGCUCAAGAAGCCCGGCCUGGCGGCGCAGUUUCAGACGCACCGCUUCCCGGACAAGAUCCUGCCCAGGCGAUUUGCUUUGACGACUAAGAUCCCGGAGACGAAGGGCUGCCACAAAUGCUGCAUCGUGAGGAACCCGUACACCAGCCACAAGUACCUGUGCGGGGCGCUGCAGUCGGGGAUCGUGCUGCUGCAGUGGUACGAGCCCAUGCAGAAGUUCAUGCUCGUCAAGAACUUUGACUUCCCUCUGCCCAGCCCGCUGAAGGUCUUCGAGCUGCUGGUGGUCCCGGAGCACGAGUACCCCCUGGUGUGCGUCUCCAUCAGCCAGGGCACAGAACCGGGCCAGGUGGUCCACUUCAAGACCAUCAACCUGAACUCCGGCUCGUCCUGGUUCACAGACAUCGGAACCACCAAUCAGCAAGUGGAUGCGAUCCACGUGACCCAGCUGGAGCGGGACACGGUUCUGGUGUGUCUGGACAAAAACCUGAAGAUCGUCAAUCUCCAGGGGAGACUGAAGUCCAACAAGAAGCUGGCGUCCGAGCUCAGCUUCAACUUCAGCAUCGAGUCGGUCGUGUGUCUGCAGGACAGCGUCCUGGUCUUCUGGAAACACGGCAUGCAGGGAAAGAGCUUCCGGUCCAACGAGGUGACGCAGGAGAUCUGCGACCCGAGCAGAGUCUUCCGCCUCCUGGGAUCCGACAGGGUGGUCGUUCUGGAGAGCCGACCGACCGACAACCCCACGGCCCACAGCAACCUGUACAUCCUGGCCGGACACGAGAACAGUUACUGAUCCGCUCCAGAGCGGAGGACCGCCACCGCUUUGGGAGAGAAUCCACAUUUGGAGUACGAAGUUAUUCAAGCGUUACUGGGAGCUUCUGUUUCAGGAUGGGAGAGGAGCGCCGGCGGGUCGGGCUGCGGGACCCGGGUCUCCUCCGGGGUUCAGCAGCUCCAUCGUGACCGACCUGCAGACUUUAUCCGUGAAAGUGCCAUGAAUCUGUCCGGGAUCGAGUUCGGAAACGGCGGGAGAAAACCGGGAACAAGCAGCGUGUCCGUAAACUCCAGGGGAGAUUUUAAAACGCGACUAAUGAGCCCACGGAGCCGCCCAAGAGCAUUGUGGGUAAUUUAAACGAUAUUUAUUAACUCAUCUUCGGUCGGUUGGAGUCCUGGAUGCUUCUGCCGUGUAAUUUAGCUUCUCCUGUCUGCUGCUUUUUUAAGAACGUGGAUCUAUUGUACAUGCCCCGCCCCUUUCUUUUAUAGAACAUUUAAUUCUUUGCACCAUUUAAGCACUUUUGUACAUUUUUUAAUUUAAAAUGAUAAAAUGAGGGACGAUGCUCGGUUUUAUUAACAUCCCUGCAAAUGUAAACAUUUUUGUAAUUAAAAAGCUUUUAACAUGAAAA